AUGGAUGCCCUGACCCAAAUGCUCACUGACCCUCUGGAUCCAAAAGAAGAAACCGACGGCGCAAUCACAGAGGAAUGCAUGCUGGGCAACUGCAGGUUAGACCUUCCAGAGGACCUGCUUGAAGACCCUGACAUCUUCUUCUCUGUGAUGAGUGGGAGCACCUGGAGUGAAGUGCUUUCGGAUUCUCAGAGGCAGCACCUUCGUCAGUUUUUGCCUCAGUUUCCCGACAACAACGUCGCGGAGCAGGACAGCACCAUCGGUGACCUUUUCCACAACAGGAACUUCAACUUUGGAAAUCCCCUUCAUCUCGCACAGAAGCAAUUCAGAGAUGGUUACUUCAAUCCGGAGGUGGUCAAGUACAGACAGCUGUGUGCCAAGUCCCAGAGGAAGAGACAGCUGUACUCCCUUCAGCAGUAUUACCACCGGCUUUUGAAGCACAUUCUCGUCUCCAGAAAGGAGCUGCUGGAGUUCGCCGUUCACAGUGGUCUGGACUUUCCAUCCAAAAGGAAGUUACCGGCCAAGACUCACGCUGAAAUGCGGGAGCCGAGGGUGAGAAGAAGAUUGAGCCGCAUAUUGAAGGAGGUCAAAACCGAGUGUGGAGACAGCGAUGCUUCGUCUGACGAUGACGACACUUCAUUAUGGGCUCCAGCUCCCCAAUCGCCUUCGUCUCCGACGCCCGCUGUCUCGCUCCGAGUUCUGCCCAGCCUCUCCACCCAAGACAUGAAGACUACUGAAGGAAUAGAACUAGGGGAACGGGAUUUGAAAUCCAUGCUGCAUAACCAUCGGGAGAAGAGGAAGCGACAGCCAGAUCACCCGGACUUGAUGACCUCUGACAUCCACCUUGGAGACGUACUUUCUAGAGCGAAUAUUGGUCGGAAGGGUGCUGUGGCAUUGUUUGACCUGUCUCUGCCGAAGAAGAAGAUCAAAGACGAGAGGAGGAAGAAGAAAAUGAGGACGAUAAAAGUGGAAUCCGAGGAUCCCUGUGAAAUUCUCGCACCCUCAGACGCCCCUUCAGCUCCAACGGCCGGCAUCAUCAACUCGCUGCCAGACACCCCGUCUACUCCACUGGCCAACAUCAAGGAGGAAAUCGUGGAGGAGUGUCAGAGCAGCCCGGCGGCCCUCGAGGAGAUAGCCAUCAGUUUCUUCAGCUUGUUGGAGAGCAUCUUAAGGGCAGAAAGCUUCACCAGCACUUCAUUGUUGGAGGAUAAAGUUCAGAUGUGGCAGUUCUCUCCUGCGAGCUCCCUCAACGUGUGGUUUUCAUCCGUCCCAUGUUGGUCUGACUUGGUUCUUCAAGCCCUGCAGUUUCUUGCAGGAGAGACCAAAGAUGGUAUGAUGGCGCUCCCCAGCGGAUUUUCUCCUUUUGUGGAAUUUUCUGAUGAAUCUCAGCAGUGGAGUUGGAUCGGACCCACUCAGGAUACAGAGAAGGAUCUCAGUGCCCUGUGUCAGUUGUGGCUGGACUCCAAGGACUUAGUCAUAAAGACGGAACACGAGGACAUGCUCGAGAUGACGUCCCCCACACCCAGAGUCUCAACUGAUUAUGUGGUGCGGCCCAGCACCGGAGACGAGAGACAAGUCUUUCAAAUCCAGGAGCAGCAGCGAUACAACCAGCCACACAAAGCCUUCACCUUCAGGAUGCACGGCUUUGAGUCGGUGGUGGGGCCGGUCAAAGGCGUGUUUGAUAAGGAGAUGUCCCUGAACAAAGCCAGGGAGCACACGCUGCUCCGUUCAGACCGACCGCCAUACGUCACCAUUCUCUCCCUGGUGCGGGAUGCGGCGGCGCGGCUACCCAACGGGGAAGGAACCAGGGCCGAGAUCUGCGAGCUGUUGAAAGACUCCCAGUUCCUCGCUCCAGAUGUCACCAGUGCACAGGUGAACACGGUGGUCAGCGGAGCCCUGGAUAGACUUCACUAUGAGAAGGACCCCUGCGUGAAGUACGACAUCGGCCGCAAGCUUUGGAUUUACCUGCACCGCAGUCGCAGUCAAGAGGAGUUCGAGAGGAUCCACCAGGCUCAAGCUGCUGCUGCAAAAGCCAGAAAAGCCCUGCAGCAAAAGCCCAAACCCGCAUCCAAGCCUAAAUCCGGAAGCAAGGACGGAGGCGGCAAAACCCCAGGAUGCCUGGAGGCGGGACAGGAUGUGAUCUCCAAUCCCAUGUCGCCAACCCCUACAACACCCACCCAAAACACACCCGGAACCCCAAAGUCACCCUUACCAUGCACCGCCUCCACGCCGACAAAGACCGGCGCCCCCGAUACAAUCAAAACCAGCACAGGCGUUCUUCUCGUGCCCCCCCCCUUGUUGCCCCAGCUGGGAAGCAUCCUGCCCGCCAGCCAGGCGUGUCCGCCGGUGUCCCAGCCGGUCACGUCCCAACACGCGGCCCGCCUAGUGAGCCACCUGGCGGCCGGCUCCCUCCCCCAGGUCCGGGUCGUCUCCGCUCAGCCGGGUCUGGUUUCGUCGGCAGGGAGUCACCAGGCCGCUCUGGUGCAUCAGACCUCUCACCAGAUCAGGAUGCCGAUGGCGAUGGCGGCCAAGGGCAUUUCACAGGCGGUGGUUUCUGUGCCUCUGAGGAGUCCGUCUGCCUGCAGUCCGGUCCACGUGCCAAACACCCUGUCCGUGUCCGCCGUGGCCAAACCUCAAGCCGGAUCGCCCGGCGGCAACAACAACCCUUCCGCCCCUGCAAUGCUGCAAGGAAUCGCCGGCCCGAGCAUCAAGCAGGUGUCCAUCACAGGCCAGUUGGGAAUGAAGACCGCUGGCGGCGGAGGAAUUCCAAUAACGGCCACAAAUCUGCGCAUCCAGGGCAAAGACGUUCUCCGUCUGCCGCCGUCUUCCAUCACCACGGACGCCAAAGGACAGACGGUGCUGCGGAUCACCCCGGACAUGAUGGCCACUCUCGCCAAAUCCCCCGUCGCGACCGUCAAGCUCACGCCCGACUUCCUGGGCGCCGCCGGCGCCGGCAAGAGCAUAUCGGCCACUCUCCACGUGACGCCGCCCCACUCCUCAGCUUCCUGCGGCCCCGGCGCGGUCGCGUCCUGCACGGGGGAAGCCAAGACCACCAAGGCGGGCCCGGUCGGUCCCAGCCUGCUGAAGGCGGCGGGAGACGCCGCCAUACGACUGAUGCCCACGCUGGCGGUGACCGUGGCCGACCAAAAGUCCCGGCCCUUCUCCAGCGUGUCCUCCGGCGACAAGAGCGGCGCCACCAUACGGAUAAUGCCGGGGCUCGGCGUCAUUCCGCAGAAACAAGGGCAGACCAUCACCAUGACGACCACCACCGGCAGUAAGACCCUCACGGCGUCCACGUGCGCCAACGUGAUGACCAUGGCGGCCAGCGUUGUGGCCGGUGCCAAGGGGAUCACGGUGGCGCCCGGAGUGUCGUGCUCCCCUCUGACGCUGGGGACCGCCACGGCCACCGUGCGGCAGGUUCCCGCCACCGUGGUCACCACUCAACCCGGGAAGUUACCUGCGAGGAUCACUGUGCCCAUUUCAGUCCUGAACCAACCACUGAAGACUAAGAGUGUUGUGACCACACCGAUGGUGAAAGGAAGCCUGAACACUAACCUCAGCAGUCUGGGCAGGAACAUCAUCCUGACCACCAUGCCCGCCGGGACGAAGCUCAUCGCAGGAAACAAACCGGUCAGCUUCGUAACAGCACAGCAGUUCCAGCAGCUUCAGCAGCAGGGACAGGCCACGCAGGUCCGCAUCCAGACGGUGCAGGCGCAGCAGCUCCAGCAGCACAUGGCGUCUGGCUCCCCGAAAUCGGUGUCCACGGUCGUGGUGACAACGGCGCCGUCGCCCAAGCGCGCCCCCGACCCCCCCGCUGCACCUCAACAGUGAUGCAGCCGCCUCAUUCGCAGAGGAAACGAGGUCCACUGUACAGUAUAUAUUUGGUCAUUUAUGUCCUUGAGCUUUUUCAGGAUGAUUUGACUCGUUGCUAAUUUCCCAUGUGUGUUGGUAACACGCCUGUUAUUCCUUUUCCAUUUGGACGAUACCUCCAUAAACCAGACCGACGCAUCUGUUCACUAAAUGCUACGGGAUUUUUAUUGAUCUGAUUGAUCUCUGCAAAGAUGUACCAAUAUCGUCAGUAUGUCUAAAUUAUUAUUAUUGAAUAAUAUCUUCUAUAUUGUUACGGAAAAAAUGUAAACCAGUCUACAGCUCACCAGAUUUGACAUAGAAAUUGUGUUGAGGUUAACUAACUCUUAAAAGUCCUGCUGGUAUUUCACCUAAAUAGUCUCAGCUUAUUAAUGAAUAUAAAACUACGAAUUUCUAUGACUGUUUGUAAGAUAUUCUCUCUGUCACUUCUAUAAAUGUUUGAUGUAAUGCAAUAUCAAAGCAAGUGGGGAUUUUGUGUCUUGUUGAUUUUGUUUUAUUACAUGUUUUGUUCCCU